CCAGAGGUGCCGGGCGGCUGCAUCCGGCUCGCGCGCAGCAUCCGCACCGGCGGCCGCUCGGGCUCCGCGGGCGAGCAGGGGCGGAGGCGCCGGGCAGCAGCGCAGGAUGGCGGAGCCGCCAGCCGCCCCCGGGUCCGAGGGCGAGGAGGGCCCGGUCCGCUUCGCCCGAAAGGGGGCCCUGAGGCAGAAGAACGUGCACGAGGUGAAGAACCACAAGUUCACGGCCCGGUUCUUCAAGCAGCCCACCUUCUGCAGCCACUGCACCGACUUCAUCUGGGGGUUUGGGAAGCAAGGAUUCCAGUGUCAAGUUUGCUGCUUCGUUGUACACAAGCGGUGCCAUGAAUUUGUUACUUUCUCCUGCCCGGGUGCUGAUAAAGGUCCUGCUUCGGAUGAUCCAAGGAGCAAGCACAAAUUUAAAAUCCACACGUACUCCAGUCCCACCUUCUGUGACCACUGUGGCUCAUUACUCUAUGGACUCAUUCACCAAGGGAUGAAAUGUGACACCUGUAUGAUGAAUGUCCACAAACGCUGUGUGAUGAACGUCCCGAGCCUAUGUGGAACGGACCACACUGAGCGCAGGGGCCGGAUAUACAUCAAGGCGGAUAUAGAAAAAGAUGUUCUCACCGUUGUAGUAAGAGAUGCCAGAAACCUAGUUCCUAUGGACCCUAAUGGCUUGUCAGACCCUUAUGUGAAACUUAAACUAAUCCCCGACCCGAAAAGUGAAAGCAAACAGAAGACCAAAACUAUAAAGUGCUCUCUGAAUCCUGAAUGGAAUGAGACUUUUACAUUUCAGCUGAAAGAGUCGGACAAAGACAGAAGGUUGUCAGUGGAGAUUUGGGACUGGGAUCUGACCAGCAGAAAUGAUUUCAUGGGGUCUUUGUCGUUUGGGAUUUCUGAGCUUCAGAAAGCAGGUGUUGAUGGAUGGUUUAAACUGCUGAGCCAGGAGGAGGGGGAAUACUUCAACGUCCCAGUUCCCCCGGAGGGAGAAGAGGGAAACGAGGAACUCCGGCAGAAAUUUGAGAGAGCCAGGAUUGGUCCAGGCGCCAAGGCAGCCGAGGAGAGGAUGACGCAUGCGAUUUCCAAAUUUGACAACAAUGGAAACAGAGAUCGGAUGAAACUGUCAGAUUUUAAUUUCCUCAUGGUGCUGGGGAAAGGAAGCUUUGGAAAGGUCAUGCUCUCGGAAAGAAAAGGCACUGAUGAGCUCUAUGCCGUUAAGAUCCUGAAGAAGGACGUCGUUAUUCAGGACGAUGACGUGGAGUGCACAAUGGUUGAGAAGCGAGUGCUGGCUCUGGCUGGGAAGCCUCCAUUCCUAACACAGCUUCACUCCUGCUUUCAAACAAUGGAUCGCUUAUAUUUUGUGAUGGAAUAUGUGAAUGGCGGGGACUUAAUGUACCAGAUUCAACAGGUUGGCAGAUUUAAAGAGCCCCAUGCUGUAUUCUAUGCAGCAGAAAUUGCUAUUGGCCUAUUCUUCCUACAAAGCAAAGGCAUCAUUUAUCGAGACCUAAAGCUUGACAACGUGAUGCUAGAUAACGAAGGGCACAUAAAGAUUGCGGACUUUGGCAUGUGUAAGGAGAACAUCUGGGAUGGAGCAACUACCAAGACCUUUUGCGGCACUCCCGACUACAUUGCACCCGAGAUAAUUGCUUAUCAGCCCUAUGGGAAGUCGGUGGAUUGGUGGGCAUUUGGAGUUCUGCUCUAUGAAAUGUUAGCUGGCCAGGCGCCCUUUGAAGGGGAAGAUGAAGAUGAACUUUUCCAGUCCAUUAUGGAGCACAAUGUAGCCUAUCCCAAAUCCAUGUCCAAGGAGGCUGUGGCAAUCUGCAAAGGGCUAAUGACCAAGCACCCUGGCAAACGCCUGGGAUGUGCCCCUGAAGGGGAGCGGGACAUCAAGGAGCAUGCCUUCUUCCGAUACAUUGACUGGGAGAAACUCGAGCGUAAAGAGGUUCAGCCUCCAUUCAAGCCAAAGGCUUGUGGACGGAAUGCGGAAAACUUCGACCGAUUUUUCACUCGCCAUCCACCCGUCUUAACUCCACCUGACCAGGAAGUCAUCAGGAACAUUGACCAAUCAGAAUUUGAAGGAUUUUCCUUUGUUAACUCUGAAUUUUUAAAACCUGAAGUCAAGAGCUAAGUAGCUGUGUAGAUCUCAUUCCUGCAUCUUUAUCACCCAGUCCCAACAGCUGUUGUGGUGACAUUCUUCAUUGCAAAAGUUGCAUUCAUGGUUUUUCUUUUGUAACGAUACUAGAGUGACCAUGUUUCAAAGCCAGAAGUGUUGUCACAUAAUUUGGGACCUCUCAGAAUGACAACUGUUGUGAGAAAAGUACUGCAAUUUAAUUAUGUUUUAAUCAAAUUUCACUCAUAGCUAAUGAUAUCAGUACAUUGACAGACAGAUCAUUACAUGGGGUGUCUAACAGCUCUCCAGUUAUAGGCUAUGACAAUUGGGAGAAAUCUAAGUAUUUGCCUUGCUUCCCUGUUCUUUCACUUAUCUAGCCCUUCAAUGUAAUCACAUACCUAGGAACACUGAACUUUGCAGGCUUCUUAUUAAUCUUGAGUCCCCCCCAAAAGCAAAUAGUUUGUCAAGAGAUUGGACAUGGGACUUCUCGUCUUACAUGCAACCCUGAGUCCUUGUUUAUUUAAAAACAUUGCAAAAUCUCUUGCCUUUUUUUUUAAAUUUUUCAUCAGACACAGCACUCCCUGAUAGCAGUAAUAAGUAACUGGGGAAACCAAAUCUAUUGCUCACACAGAUUUCUCCUGAUUGUGCAGUUUCUUAGUAGCUUUUUUUGUUAAAAGAAAGUGUAUCAUCCAGCUAUAAAAGGAAAGUUUGAAAGAACCCUUGUAAAUGCUUUCAAAUCUAUGGUCACCCUAGUAAACACCAGACACAACAUGUUUUUACAUUAUUUCAUAUGAAACCUUUUUUUCCUUUGGGUUUUUUUCAAAUGCCAAAACAAUUAAUUCAGUUUGUUACAUGCGCUUUAAAUGUGUCAAAAAUGGUAUUAAUGAAAAUGAGCUGAUAUUUAAAGUCUAGCAGUAUUGUGAAAUCUGAUGAAGCCUGUAAAGAAUUUUGUUUUCACUAAUAUUCCUACCUUAAAGAAUGUUGCUGGAUAUUUAAAAAGUCUAAGUUUGUGUUCCUAGCAUCCGAAAAAAGGAAAAGGGAAAAAAAAAAAAGCGCUUCAGGAAAGAUGUUUCUCAUGAAACGACAACAAUCGUAUCACUUCCUUUUGUACCAUUCUGCCAGAUGUUUGUGGGCUGUCACUUUGAAUCAAGCUGCUUUGAGCUGUAAUGUGCCAAUCUUUUUCCAAUACUGAUUAUAAAAUAAAAAAAUAAGAAACAAUAUGUCAAAAAAAACCCUGCAUUUAUUUGUGAAUGAUAAAUUUCAACACAGUCCUGUACUCUGAGAUGCCAGAAACCAUGAGACUGAGUCUCAGUCAGGGUGGGGUGGUUUUGGGAAUCAGCAUGUUACAUGCACAUCAUCUCUGAUUGCUGACCGUGUUUGAGUCCAACCUGGGGUACCCCCAAGUUUCCAGGUCUGCUGUAAGGCCACAGCAGGCAGUAGCCCACAUCACAAUACCAUCUCCUGGACUUUUGCACCACCCAUAGUGUCACUGCCCAGGGUGUGGCCAUAGGUCUGAGCUGAAUUACCCCUUUCAUUCCUGUAGAGUGUGUCCUUCAAGACAAUGCAUGAAGCUAUCAACUGGCAUCCUUCAGUGGCACCACCAAUCUCUGGGGUAUGUAUAGAACAAUGCCCCUCCUCCCACUCCCUCAUUAGAACAGCCACACUGGGGCAGACCAAUGGUCCAUCCAGCCCAGUAUCCUGUCUUCUGACAGUGGCCAAUGCCAGAUACCCCAGAGGGGAUGAACAGAACGGAUAAUCGUCAAGUGAUCCAUCCCCUGUCACCCAUUCCCAGCUUCUGACAAACAGACGCUAGGGACACCAUCCCUGCCCAGCCUGGCUAAUAGCCAUUGAUGGGCCUAUCCUCCUUGAACUUAUCUAGUUCUUUUUUGCACCCUGUUAUAGUCUUGGCCUUCACAACAUCCUCUGGCAAAGAGUUCUACAGGGUAACUCUGUGUUGUGUGAAGAAAUACUUGCUUUUAUUUGUUUUAAACCUGCUGCCUAUUAAUUUCAUUUGGUGACCCCUAGUUCUUGUGUUAUGAGAAGAAGUAAGAUCCAAGAUCUCAACUGCUGAUUGAAGAGGGGGCUUUCUUGUUCUGAAAUCCAGGUACAAUUCAUUCUUUCUCUAGUGAGAGCUCAAGAAACCCCAUCAUCCUUGACAUCCUCUAGGUUAGCUCUUUAAAUGACUUUAACAGUAAGUAAUGAUUACAGGAUGAGGCUUUGAAGCUUCCAGAAAUUUUAAGUGAAACUAUCUCUAUCAGACUGUGCAUGGUGAGCCAGUGACUCAUUACUGCAUGUGUGAACUCUCAAGGGAGCCGUUGUUCAAAGCAAUUGGUAGGUUUUUAGCUAAAGAGAGAUCACAGGCAUCUGCUAAUCUCAUUCUCCCAAAUGCAUACAAAAUUCCUUUGUUUCCUCUGGAAUUCUGCUUCUGCUGCAUUAUAGGAGCGUUUGAGCUCUGUAGGAUUAUUCUCGGGGUGCCAAAUAAAGUACCAAACACAGCAGGGACUACCCGCUAGCCCCCUAACUCUGUUCCACCCCACAGCAAAGGGGAUGCUGCUCAGUGUGGAACUCUUCCAGACUAUAAGAAAGGGGCACGGACAGGUGCUGGAAAUGACUGCUAAGAAAUUGCAACUGCCCCUCUAAUAUUAAGGUAGACGCAGCGAGGGGAGUGAUUUUCUUUUAGGAGGAAGUUGCCCACGUAUAAACAGGCCUCUGUGCAAGACUCUGCAUGUGGAGUGCACGGUCCCAGCAGCAGCAGUGGACUACAGAAACAGCCUGGGCAUUAGAAAUUCACCUUUGAAUACACACAAGAGACUAAACAGGCCCCUCCUUCACCAGAAUUCAAAGUGAAACUCGACAGAUUUGCAUCUGACUGCUCCCUUUUCACCCCUGAGAUCUACAGUGUCUCCUACACACAAUCAGAAAUGCAAAAAAACCUGCCACCAAGCACAUCUCCCAGAGGUCGAGGCAGGAUUCGGUCCCCCUUGCUCUGGCUAGCCAAGUUUUACGCAUCGCAACCAAUGGGGCUCCCUGCCCUCCUUUAGCCAGGUGAUUCCACAGCCUACUGUAUCCCACUGUCAGAAAGCUUUUCCGAGACAGCCUCAAUUUCCCUUUCCUUAAUUCAUUCCAGUACCUCCCCCCUGUAUCCCUUUCCCUGCUCCCUCCACAAACGGGUAACUUCCUUCCUCAGCAGAGGCCUAACUAGCAUGUGUGCAUGCCUGUGCGGACACACACAUCUUUAGAGAGAAAUUCACAGUGAGAAGAAAAGUUAUAAUAGUUUCGCUUAUCACUAAAGCAGAAACCACUUUGUGACUCUCACCAGCUGGGAAUUCACUUUAUGGAUUUCUCUUCCAAGCUGGUGGAAAAGUGAAAGGGGUGAAGGGGAAGCUGCUGUAAAAUAUCCGAGCUGGUGGGAUCGGAACAGGAGAGCGCCCCUUAAGAGGCUGCUCUAAAGGGGAGGAGACAGUCGUGCUCCAGCUCUAUCACCAGUUCUCUGCUAUCAAGCAACCAACGUUCCUUACUCCCUUGAAUGGGCACUUGUGGCGGGCGUCCUUAUGUCUUUCUCCUACACAUGCUGUUGUUUCACUUUACAGAUAUUCUUCCAUACUGUGCUUUUAGCACAGUAGAACGAUAUCUGAUAGAUAUCUGAUAGAACGAUAUCCUGGGGGGGCCCCUGUGCGUCUGUUUCCAUGUGGCCUUUGGGAACCUGUCAGUAAACUUGCUGCUCCCAGCCUUUCCCUCUGCAUGUGGAGAUCUAAGACAGCAGAGCUGUGCCAGUCUGGGCAGUUACUAGAGUUGCCAAUUUUGGUUAGAAGUAUUCAUGGAUUAAUCUUUAAUUCCUGGAGACUCCAGGACAAUCCUGGAGGGUUGGCAUCCCCAGCAGUUACUGCUAUUGGACCCUUUCACCUUCCCAGUUUCACGGGCAAGGAGAGCAGGAUCUGCCCCCUUGAGCCACCCUCCCCCUUGCUCGUCCAGCAAAUGUGGAGCCCGGCUCAUCAGCACAAGAGAAACGGGGUCCUUCCUGCCCUGCCUUGGGGUGGGGAGGGUAACACCCCGCUCGGCUCCCACAUGCUUUCACAUCUGUCUGAAAUGUGCUACUCCCUCUUUGUCAGACAGAAUCCCUGCGUCUCCAACUGGCCCCUCCUGCUCAGUCUCCCCCACACACACCCUAUUAUCCGUGCCCUGCCCUGCACCCCCGCCCACCGUCCCCUUUCCUUGGAAGGGGUGGGGAUGAGGUGAGGGGGGGAAGCAAUUACCCCCAGCCCUCCGCUUCUCUCAGCAGCCAGCUGACCAAAGGCAAAAGAUAGAGUGCCAGACAUGGGAGUGGCGGGGGCAGACACGGGUAGGUGAGUCUGGUCACAUCUAGGGUGGGGGAGGGAUGGGGGCAUCUGCUUGCUUUGAGUGGCGACAGAGCACGCCGUCACUGUCUUCUCCCUUCGAGCCCUGAUCUCUUGCCUCCAUCUCAGCUUCUCUCUCCAGCUUCCCCCCGCAAGCCCCACUGGCCUCUCUUACUCCAUGCCACAUUCACCCCUUCCUCCACUCCCUCCUCUUUGGGGGUUCUAACCUCAUCUCCUUCUCCCCCACGCCUUUGUGGGUGCGGAGGCUGCUGUCUCCUCUUGAAACGGUCUAGGCCUCCCUGGGGCAACCCAGUUCCAGGGAGCAGCGUCUUGUACAGAGCCUGGUCUGUUGGAGGGAAUGCCCCAUGGACAGGCUGCUCUCUUCUGGCCAUCCGUCUGCUGCGCCCUUGGUGACCUAGUCCGCAGGCUGAGAUGACAGACAGAGCCAGCCACAUCACGGUCGCCAGCAUUGUCGGCGAUUUAAUAUCCUAGGAGCAAACGGUACCUUCCCAAUAAGGGACUAUCUGGAUGUGUCCGUGACGACCUGGAGUAAAAGAGCCGGCCAAGUUCAGGCACAGGGCCAACUGCGGGGCAGGCGUUUUCCACAAAACCCUGGCCCUCACCCACUCUGACUGGAGAGAAUGCUCUGGGCUGACACUUGCGAGUGGCUGGCGAGUGUGAUUGUGAUGUGGCGCUCCUGUCCUAAGCAGCAGCAAAAGGCUUCCUCUGGAAACGCAGCAAACCGUGUGUUGGGGCUGUUGCUCUCUGAGAAGGGAUUGCGGGGGCAGGCUGCUGUAUGAUUCACGUGCUGGCCAGGGUCCUCCUUUAGACUUCAUCGCCUCUGAGCCCAGCAGAACUAAAGAGUCUUGCCAACCUGCAAUAUAAAGCCUUCCUGUUACUUCAUCAGUAAAGACAAUCUGAAGGUGAAUGGCCGUGCCUGGCUGAGAGGGGAGUUGUCAGGGUAAGUGUUACAGCAGCUCUCUGCACACAGCCAGGUCAGUGCAUUUUCAUUCAGGCCAGGCAUGAGGUCCUCGAUCACAAAGUGACACAGCUUCUCCAAUGUGUGAAUGAGGUUCUGCUUCCCUGCCUGUGGAAUUGCAGCCCCUAAGGAGCACUGGCUACCCCUUUGGCACUAGCUGACAGGAUAAUAAACCAGAGCUGCAAAAAAAACAGUGGUGUGCUAGAACGGAGCGCGUGGGCAAGCUUGCCCUGCACCGCAGACAUCUAUUCAAACAGGGAGACCCCCAUCUAAAAUGGGAUCUUGGAGGGCCAGUUCUUGGCUUUCAAAAAUAAGAAGUGACCGACAGGCUCCACAAGACACACAGUCACCUGCAAUGACCCCUGCUUCCACCCAGAGCCCUCUGGGGGCUGCUAAACUAACUCCCACAGCCUCACAUAGCAGUGAAGGGAACCCAUUGAAUUUGGGGGGAACGAAGGGUGUGUCUCUCUCCAGCAGUGGUUCCCAAUCCCUAAUAUGCAUUGCCAGGGCUCCUGCCACUUCAGACCUAGCUUGUAUCCCAGCCCCCCCCCACCAACUCUUCACCGUCAUGGGUCUAUGCUGAGCUCCCCGUCCGUUGUGCAGGCUCCUGCUCCUAUGGGUGCUUGCAACCACCCCAGGCUGAGGUUUGCAGUCCCCCAGUGUCUUUCUGAAGGGGAAGUAGUGAACACUGGGUGUAACGCACGUCCCCGCGUAAACUGAUGUGAUGGCCUGGACAGCUGGAAAUCAUGGCCCUGAACCAAAGUUGGAACUUUCUGAUAGGAUCUAGCACUUACUGAUCCUCUUUCAAUGGUGCUUAGAUACCAUGUGAUGAGCAACUUACAAACACCCGUGUGAGCUCGGUGCAUGAUUAAAUGCCCCCAUUCCCUUAAUCACAUAUUUUUAUACUGAUGAAAAGUGCUACCUAAGACCCUAAAUAUUAUUCCUCUAUUGCAUGGAAUGGCUGUGGUAGGUCGCCUGUCUGCAUCCUGUUUCAGUCAUCACAUAGAGUUCUCAUAGGUUUCCUCAGCAUUGGAACUAUAGUGUUAUUUACACACUGCAACAUCUGCUGUCUUUAGUAAUAAUACAAGUUCCCCUCUGGAUAUUUCUUUACUGAUGAGGUAUUCCUGGUGCUUAUAUUGUGUUUUCACUGCUACUGGAUUCAUACACCAACCAAGCCUUUCUAAUGUAGUACAGCCAGCAUGUAUUUUAGUCUACACAGGCAAGAUCCAUUACAUAAAUGAGUAUUCAAAGAUCUUUUUGUUUAACAAAUUGGGUCUUACAUGCUAAUAGAAUGUCAGCCUAACUGAGACAAUAAUUCUUUUUGCUUUGGUCUAACUGUACAGUCUAUAUUUUUGUGAUGAUCUGUAUUUAGAAAAGGUUGCAUCUAUGUAACUUUAUUUUUACACCAGGUUUUUGGACCCAUUGUAUAUUUUAUAUGUGACCCUGGAGAAAAUCACAUACUCAUCUCAAACUAAAUAGAUAAAAGCAAGUGGAAAUCAAGAUAUUACAGCAACCCAACUAAAAAUGUCAGACUACUAACAG